CAGACCCCAGACCCCAGGCUGCUCUGCGGAGAAAACUGGAGAAAGCAGACUACCGUUUCUCCUUGGGCCAGCUCACAAACCGCAAGCCAAGCAUUGGAGCCAGACAGCCGCUUCCCGCCUUUGUCUGCACAGAACCCAGAGCUGGGGAUGUGACAGCUGCCCAUGGUGCUCACUGCGUUUCUCUCUGGGGAUGGCAGAGAUAAGAGGGUUGGUGCUGGUCCUGCUGUACAUGGCCCACUCGUCAUCUGCCAUUUGUGGCAUCCAGAAAGCCAACAUCGAGGACGAGUCCAAGGAGAACCUCGUGAGCAGCACCGAGUUCCCCUGGGUGGUGUCCAUACAGGACCAAGAGUACACCCACCUGGCAUUCGGCUGCAUUCUCAGCGAGUUCUGGAUCCUCAGCAGCGCCUCGGCUCUCCAGGACAGGAAGAAGGUCGUUGCUGUUGUCGGUAUAGCCAACAUGGACCCCAGAAAGGUUGAUCACACAGAGUACUCAGUCAGCACCAUCAUCCCCCAUGAGAACUUCAUUAAGAGCUCCAGGAGCAAUGACAUAGCCCUCCUGAGGACAGAAUCUGCCAUACAUUUCGAUGACAUGGUCCAGUCCAUCUGCUUCCUGGACAAAAAGCUACAGAAACCACCAACCUUGAGAAACUGCUGGGUGGCAGGAUGGAACCCCACGUCUGCAACAGGAAAUCACAUGACAAUGAGUAUCCUGAGGAGAAUCUCUGUGGAAGACAUUGACCUGUGUCCUUUACAAAGAGACCAGAAUACAGAAUGUGCCAGUCACGCAAAUAAGGAAUACAAAGUUUGCCUGGGGGAACCAGGAAGCCCUGUGAUGUGCCAAGUGAAGAAGCUGAAUCUCUGGGUCCUCAAAGGAAUCAUGACCUAUGGAGGCGACUCGUGCCCUGGCCUGUUUCUGUAUACCAGUGUGGAAGACUACAGUAACUGGAUCAUGGCCCAGGCGAGGAAGGCUGGCCCUUCCCUGUCCUCGCUCCAGUCCUGGGAGAAGUUGCCCCCUGAGUUCCUUUUUGACGAAUCAAAUAUUGCCCUGACAAAGCAUGCGUAUUCUGUACACGGCCAUACUGAACGGCCCCAAACCCACUCCCAAAGACCAAAAUUGUCCACUGUGUAUGACAAGUCAACAGACAAUGGGCAGAACUUCAGGGCAAACGGUCUUCAGGAAUCAGGCUGGCCUGCAAAAGUGGCUAUCCAACCCAUGUACUACGACUACUAUGGGGGGGAGGCGGGGAAAGAAGGGGUUGUAGCUGGCCAGAGCAGGCUGUGUUGGCCCCAAGAAAGGAUCUUGAUGUCCCUCGUGCUUGUUUUCUUGGGCAGCGGUGUAUAGCUAGCAGCUAACCUCCCCACAGACAAGAAGCUUGGAGUGCACGGGGCUAGGCGUCUACGGUACUGUUCUGGGGUCCGCUUUUGAUAGGUGCCACUUGGGCGACCACAGGCAGGCCCCACAGCAUCACUGGGCUGGCUCUCCCUCCUCUGGCCCACUCCCAUAUGUGGGAAAGGUCACUUCGUUUACGCUUGCGAACUAAAUGUGGGCUAACAAGUAU